AAUAUAUACACGGUAGUCUAUGUGUGCUUAAACGAAUGUGUGUCUUCUCAUUUAUUCGUCGUCCAUCGUUUUAGUGUUUACCAUCGCAAUAUCGCAUAGCGGCUACCAAUUAUCUUUUUUAAGUUUGUUCAUUUAAUUAUAAAUUCGGCAAAAUUCCCUCGAAAUACAACAAUCAUAACCUAAAUAAGAAUUUCGAAAGUGAUCCACAUUUCAUAUUGAACGAUUGAAAAAGAAAAUGGCAAGUGUACGACUAUUUCGGGCAGCAAAUCUACUUACAAAAACGCAAACAUCAUUUUUGAGAUCAAAUCAUACAGCUGUAGUCGAUGUAAACAAGCGUUAUUUUACAUCUGAAUCAUCGUCGGGACAAUAUAUCAAAACAAAAAAUGUAGAUGGUGUAUUGGUUGCCACUUUAGAUGCACCAAAUGCAAAGGUUAAUUCAUUGGGCGCUGAGGUGCAGGCAGAAUUUGUAAAAGUACUACAAGAAAUUGAAACCAAUCCAGCUAUUACAUCGGCAGUUAUAUGUUCAGCUAAGCCCGGAUGUUUUGUAGCCGGCGCUGAUAUUUCGAUGUUGGAGAAAUGUAAGACAGCCGCUGAUGCAACAAAAAUCUCACAUGAUGGACAAAUCUUGUUUGAUCGCCUGGAAAAGUGUCAAAAACCAGUGGUGGCAGCUAUUAAUGGUGCUUGUUUAGGUGGCGGAUUAGAAUUGGCGUUGGCAUGUCACUACCGUAUUGCAACCAAAGACAAGAAAACUAGUCUUGGAUUGCCUGAAGUUAUGCUCGGUUUAUUGCCAGGAGCUGGAGGUACUCAACGCUUGCCAAAAUUGUCAUCAGUCCCAACCGCCCUCGAUUUGGCAUUAACUGGAAAGUCACUGAAGGCUGAUAAAGCUAAGAAAUUGGGAAUUGUCGACUUAGUUAUUCAACCACUUGGGCCCGGUUUGAAAUCAGGCGAAGAAAAUACCAUUGAAUAUUUGGAAGAAACAGCCGUUAAGGCAGCCAAAGAUUUGGCCAGUGGUAAACUAAAGGUUGAUCGAUCGAAAAAAGGGAUUGUCGCCAAGGCGACUGAAGCAGCAAUUGGUGUCGAAUUUAUUCGUAAUUUUAUUUUCAAAAAAGCCAGAGAUCAAGUGAUGAAAUUGUCCGGCGGCUUAUAUCCGGCUCCAUUGAAAAUUCUCGAUGUUGUUCGCACCGGUGUUGAAAAAGGUCCCAUAGCUGGCUAUGAAGCCGAACGUAAUGGAUUCGGUGAACUUUCAGCGACACCACAAUCGAAAGGUUUAAUUGGGCUCUUCCGUGGUCAAACAGAAUGCAAAAAGAAUCGCUUUGGUAACCCCCAAAAUCCAGUUAAGACUAUCGGUGUUCUUGGGGCCGGUCUCAUGGGAGCUGGUAUUGUUCAAGUUAGCAUCAACAAAGGAUACAAAGUUGUAUUGAAAGACACAAAUGAUGCGGGUUUGGGUCGUGGUAUUGGUCAAAUUCAAAAAGGACUUGAGACUGGCGUCAAACGACGUCGCAUCACGACCAUUGAACGCGAUCAAUAUUUGUCGAAUCUUGAAACCACAUUAAAUUACGAAUCAUUUAAAACUGCUGAUAUGGUAAUUGAAGCAGUUUUUGAAAACCUUGACAUCAAACACAAAGUGAUUCGUGAAAUCGAAGCAGUUGUACCAAAACACUGUAUCAUUGCCACAAAUACAAGUGCUAUUCCAAUUACAAAAAUUGCCGCAGGAAGUUCACGAUCAGACCAAGUCAUUGGCAUGCAUUACUUCAGUCCGGUCGAUAAAAUGCAAUUGCUUGAAAUUAUCACACAUCCAAAAACUUCAAAAGAAACCAUUCAAUCAGCUGUUCAAGUUGGUUUAAAACAAGGAAAAGUCGUUAUAACAGUAGGUGAUGGACCCGGUUUUUAUACAACUCGAAUUCUAUCCACUAUGUUGUCUGAAGCAGUUCGUGUUAUGCAGGAAGGCGUUGUUGAUCCAAAAGAAUUGGAUCGUUUGAGCAAAAAAUUCGGUUUCCCAGUUGGUUUGGCAACAUUGGCCGAUGAGGUGGGCAUUGAUGUAGGUUCACAUAUUGCCGUUGAUUUGGCUAAAGCAUUCGGCGAACGUUUUGCCGGUGGUGACUUGGGCGUUAUGGAAGAUUUGGUAAAAGCCGGUUUCUUGGGCCGCAAAUCGGGCAAGGGCCUUUUUAUUUAUCAAGGAAGCUCAAAAAAUCGUGAACUUAACCAAGAAGCUUUAGAAAUUCUUAAACAAAAAUAUGCACUUGCUCCAAAAGGCGCUGACUCGACUGAAGACAUUCAGUUGCGAUUGGUUUCAAGAUUUGUUAACGAAGCAGUUUUGUGUCUCGAGGAGAAAAUUUUGCACAAUCCAUUGGAGGGUGAUGUUGGUGCUGUGUUUGGUUUGGGAUUUCCACCAUUCACCGGAGGUCCAUUCCGAUGGGUUGACCAGUAUUCGGCCAGCAAGUUAGUCGACAAAAUGCGUUCAUAUGCUGAUUUAUAUGGUGCAGCAUUCCAACCCUGUCAAACAUUGGUUGAUAUGGCCAAAGACUCAUCAAAGAAAUUCUACAAACAAAAUUAAAUCAAAUGUCGAUGUUGUUUUUUCCACA